AUGAGAUGCAAGAUCGUUGAGCUCGCCAGACAAGGAACUCGGCCAUGCGACAUAUCCCGUCAACUAAAAAUCAGCCACGGGUGCGUUUCAAAAAUCUUGACUCGUUUCUCGGAAAACGGAUCUAUAAUGCCUGGAACGAUUGGAGGAUCCCGACCAAGAGUCACAACUCCAAAAGUUGUUGAAUACAUCAGAAGCCUGAAAAGAGCGGAUCCCGGAAUAUUUGCAUGGGAGAUACGCGAUCGUUUGAUCUCUGCGGAUAUUUGUGAUAGAGCGAACUUGCCGUCUGUCCCACAUCUUCCAACUCUCAAAUACGAUACAUCCGGAAUCAAUUGGCAGAGAGCCAACUCCACCAACAGCAACAAAAUUAUAUGGAGUAUAAUAAUAAUGAUUUAG